GAAAGGAGCGAGGAAUAAAUACGAAAACUGAUUUCCGUAAAAGGCCAUCCACAGUAGUACACUCUAAUCUAAUCACAGAGAGAGAGAGAGAGAGAGAGACAGAGAGAGAUAUUAGGAAAUGCCGGCGACUUCGACGAUGAUCGGAGCCCUUCUGGGAUUGGGCACCCAGAUGUACUCCAACGCCCUCCGCAAACUCCCUUACAUGAGGCAUCCGUGGGAACAUGUGGUGGGUAUGGGAUUAGGAGUGGUGUUUGUAAACCAGCUGGUGAAAUGGGACGCCAAGCUUCAGGAAGACCUCGACAAGAUGCUCGACAAAGCUAAAGCCGCCAACGAGCGCCGUUACUUUGAUGAAGAUGAGUAGAACUUGGGCGGUGUGGAUUGAAGCAUCUUAAGACUUGGUGUUCAUUGGUUGUAGACUCUCAUUUGCUUAAUCUACUGUUCUUUGUUUCUGAAGUUGUUAGAAUCUCGCUGCUCUCUGCUGGCAUUUUGUUUCUCAUAAGCUCUGUGAUUUGUUCAUGCUGUGAAUUGGAUUGUCUUCAAUAAUUGCAAGCUUUGAAAGUAUAUGCAUGCUAGUUUUCAUCGCUUUAUCGGUGAUAUGAAA